UCACAAUUGUCAUUACACUGCUGUGUUUAUGUCAAUUGCAGUCAAUUGUCAUUGCCAAAAAUUGCAAUACUUUGUUUUGAUUUAGAAUUUUAUAUUUAUCAUAAAAAACGUAGUUAUACUUUCACUGUUGAGCAAUAAAUGCGUUAUUGACGUACAUUACCUACAACAGUUGGUGUUGAUGUUUAGUGUUUUCGUGUGAAUUGUAAUGUUUUGAAGACAAGAGAUUAUUAACACAAUGGGUAACCAACUUGUUGGUGUUGCACCGUCUCAGAUAUAUCCAGUGGAACACUACCUCAGCGACCAUGUAGAUUUGACGUUCGAUCAGAGCCUUGGCUCAACAAGAUUCCUGAAAGUGGCGAGGGCGCGGUCCCGCGAAGGUCUAGUGGUCGUUAAAGUGUUUGCGGUACAUGACCCAUCAUUACCGUUGGCUGAACACAAGGAGCGAAUAUUGAAGAUUAAAGAGCAGUUGGUUUCGGCAUUCAAUUGUUUACCCUUUCAGAGGGUUAUACUGACAGACAAAGCAGGGCUGCUCAUGCGCGAAUACUGCAAGUGCAGCGUCUACGACAGGAUGUCGACCAGACCGUUCCUAACCACGCUAGAGAAGAAAUGGAUUACAUUUCAAGUGCUGUAUGCCUUACACAGAAUGCAUAAGAUUGGAAUUUGUCAUGGUGAUAUUAAGCUAGAGAAUAUAAUGGUAACAUCAUGGCUGUGGGUGUUGCUUACUGACAUAGCGUCGUUCAAGCCGACGUUCCUACCAGAUGAUAAUCCAGCCGACUUCAGCUACUUCUUCGACACUUCUAGAAGGAGGUUGUGCUAUGUAGCCCCUGAGAGAUUCGUCAGAGCACCCGACCCACACAGCAAAAGUGACAGUGAUGAUAAGUCAGGAGGGCUGUUACUCAGCGAGUCGCCGUGUAAAGUGGGCGAGUUAGUCCCAAGCAUGGACAUUUUCUCAGCGGGCUGCGCUCUCCUAGAAUUAUGGAAUGAUGGCACACCAGCGCUAGACUUGCCUGGUCUUCUUGCUUACCGUAAUGGAGAGGAUAGACCUCCAACAAUGACCCUGGGGGAAGGUUGUGAACCGGCCCUUAGAGAUUUACUGCACUCUAUGACCGAACGGAACCCUAAGGACAGACGCAGUGCUGAACUGUACCUCGAUGAGGCUAGAGGAAAGCUUUUCCCCGAAUACUUCUACUCAUUCCUGCAAUCGUACAUGCUGAUAUUCUCAGCGCAGCCCAUCCUACCACCAGACGAGAAAAUACUCCGUAUCCACCAGGACAUAAGGAACAUAAUAAAGAUCUUCACUCAACCCUCAGACGCUAAAAACUACAAGGACUUGGUCGAAGAGACCACGGAACACACAAAUGUAGACAACAUAGACAAUUUGAAGGAUGGUUUUAAAGUGUUGAGUGUUAAUGUGAAUGAUUAUGAUGAUGAACCUGAUGAUAAGUCGCCUGACGGUCAGGAUUUAGGGCCGGACAGUGAGGGGUUGAUUCUGAUUACGUCAUUGGUGACGUCAUGCAUCCGCGGCUUGCAUCAUUGCACGUCCAAAUUGUACUGUUUGGAGAUACUGCAGUUGUUGUGCGAGAAUUCUAGUUCGGAGACGAUUUUGGAUCGAAUAUUGCCGUAUAUUAUCCACCUGUCGCAGUCGUCGGUGGCGCGCGUGCGCGCGGCGGGCGUGUGCGCGGGCGCGCGCGCGCUGCGGGCGGUGCGGCGCGUGCCGCCGGGCGACUGCAACGUGUUCCCCGAGUACGUGCUGCCCGAGCUGGCGCCGCGCGCCACCGACCCCGCCGUGCCCGUGCGCAUCGCGUACGCCAACAAUAUCGCAAAAUUAGCGGAAACCGCUGUUCGAUUCUUGGAUCAAACGCAGAACAUGAUCGAUAAGGAAGCUGCUAAUAUUAACUAUGAAACUGAACUAUCAGCAUUACACGAAAUGGUGCGGUCAACAGUGUCCUAUCUCUUAACGGACUCGCAAGCUGUCGUCAAGAGAGCGCUGGUGGAAAAUGGCAUAACGAAACUUUGCAUAUUCUUCGGUAAACAAAAAGCAAACGACGUGAUCCUCUCUCACAUGGUGACGUUCCUCAACGAUAAGGAGGAGGUGGCUCUGAGGGGCUGUUUCUUCGAGAGGGUUGUCGGUGUUGCGUCCUAUGUUGGGCAACAUGCCGCGCCUAUACUGGUGCCGUUGUUGCAACAGGGUCUAACUGACCCGUCGGAGUGGAUCAUAGCGAAGGCUCUCCGCGCCACCACGAGCCUGGCCGAGCUCGGACUGCUUCCCAAACAGAGUCUGUGCGACCUCGUGGCGGAGAGUGCCGUCUGUCUCGCUCAUCCUAAUUUAUGGAUCCGGCAUGAGGUGUGCGGGCUAGUGUCGUGUGUUGCGAGUCUGCUGAACCCUAUAGAUGUGAACUGCAAGAUAUUGCCACUCGUGUGGCCGCAUCUUAAACACAAACUCAUACAGGUGGAACGGGCAGAGCUCCUGCUGGAGAGUUUAGCUGAUCCUAUCCCGAGGAAGGUCCUGGACGCGGUGCUGCGGCACGGAGACGUGGACCGGCUGGUGCAGACCCUCAGGGAGCGGAGGAACACCAGGUUAAAGGUAAAACAAGGCACGAUGCCGCAGUACUCCGAGAUGGGACAGCAACUCAGGAACCUGUUUCGAAGACUCGCGUCGGACGGUAUGACAGAACACGUAGAGAACCAACUGCUGGCCAUGAGCGCGCAUCUCAUCAAAAUACAGAGUUCGUCUACACAGCACAUAACAGACGCCCCCGGUCGUCUAUCGUUGACCAACACCGCGAUAUCCCGCUCCGUACAACUCGACUCCAACGUGGGCGACACGCUGCAGCACAAUGCCGCCAAAUUGUACUCCUCUACACAGACUAGACGGACUCAUAAGACGUCGGUAACGCACGAGACUCACAUGAACACUGAGUGGCAACACAUGUUCGGACAAUCGCAGGACCAACAUUCUAGAGUAACCGAGUCGGUGUCUGGGACGGGCGUGUCGUGUGGCACGAGUGUGGCGGCGUCUCACACCGCGUCCGCGCAGCCGCACCACUCGCAAAUGGGCCACAGUGCCAGCUACGUGCAGUAUAGCAUGGCGCCUUGUCGUGUGGAAUUGAGAGACUUAACUGCACGGAUGCAACAGAAAUUCCAGAAAUCAUUAAGGAGCCACGAUAACAUAGAAGACAACAGCGAGGAGAUAAUACCGCCGCCAUCUUGGCGACCCGGCUCGCAGCUCCUGGCGUACUUACACGAACACAAGUCUCGCGUGAACCAGCUGGUGACCCUGCCGGCGCACCGCAACCUGUUCGCGUCGUGUUCGCACGACGGCACCGUGCGGCUGUGGGACGCCGCCAAGUUGCAGGGACACGCGCAUAUAAAUAGGUCUAAAACAAUGUACAACAGGAGUGCUGGACCGGUGUUGUCUUUGGUUUCGUGUGAAAACGGACAGUCUUUAGUAGCCGCCACGCAGGAAGGAUCGAUAUUUGUGUUAAGGGUAGACAGCGGGUCAUCCCGCAUGACGCUAUCCCAAUGCAGACAGCUGGAGACGAGCGUGGAGGGGGAGUGGUGCGCGCUGGCGUGCGCCGGCGGGGUGCACGCCGGGGUCAUAUCCUACGGGACCCUGCGCGCUGCUGUUGUGGGCUGGGAUCUGAGGGCGCCCGGCAACGCGUGGAAACUGCAAGGUGACCUGAAGCAGGGCGUGUACACGUGCCUGUACGCGAACAGCUGCGGGUACCUCGCCGUGGGCACCUCGAGCGGCGCCGUGUGCGUGUGGGACCUGCGCUUCCAGCUGCCCAUCACUACUGUUAGACACCCUAACUCGGAGCGCGUGCGGCGGCUGGCGGCGCGCGGCGGCGCGGGCUCGGGGCUGUGGGCGGCGGCGGGGCGCGACGCGGGCGCCUGGUGCCUCGAGGCGGCGCAGCGCACGCACGCGCUGUGGCCCAGCACCAACGCGCCGCAGCCGCUGCACUACACGCCGCCCGCCUCACACUACAUAAGCGCAGUGUUCAGCGGCACGCGGGAAGGUUCUAGAUUCCUCAUAACAGGAGGUUCAGACCAAAGGAUCAGAUACUGGGAUCUCGAACACCCUGAGGACUCGUACAUAGUAGUGCACGCCCCCGCCGACCAUUUGAGACAUACACCCAAUGCGGUUAAAUACAGGAGUCGAAUAAUAGACGGCACGACUGUCAUCCAAGAGUAUUCUAAAGUCAACCCAAGCACACCCACAAUCAUAGAAGACAAUGUGUACCGCAGCGUUGAAUCUAGAAGCUUCUACCACACCGCUCCAAUCACAGACCUAACCCUGGUUGAAGGUGUCAAACCCUACUUAGUAAGCUCAGCUGCCGACGGAGUUAUCAACGUUUGGAAAUAAUAUACCACUAGGUGGCGUCACUGAGUAAGCGGCCAUUUUGAAUUUGCUGUCAGAUUUCCCGCGUCAUUUUUGACAUAUUCAUGAAUGGAAUGGUAAAUACAAUGUAUGAAUGCGAAGUGAUUAGAAACUUGGAAUUGAUUACAAUCUUAUGUCUACAACCAUAUGACUGAUAUUAGUUUACAGAAAACAGGAGAUGCCGAGGGGUCAUAAGAGGCCAUUAAUUAUUUCUUUAUACGUAGAAUCCGUUUAUUAUGACUUCGCCUAUAUCGACCAAUCGCUUAUUAUGACGUAAUUAUAUAACGAAGUUUGGUUUCCAUAUAAAAUUCUUUGUACAAAAGUCAUUUCACAAAACGUUUUGUAUGACAUCCGCUUAUUAUGAUGUGUUUGUCAAUUCCCUUCGAUUUCACUAUAAACGGAUUCCACUGUACUUAAUAAUAGCUGUAUGAAUAGACAUAAGAUUUUAAUACUGUGUUAUGUUUCUUUACUUACGCUAGCUGAAUACACUCAAAGUGCUGCCAUCUGGUGAGACAAAAAUAUUGAUUGUACAGAUUUUCGCUAUAUUUUAUUAUUCACACACAUAUACAAUACGACGCCAUUUUUAAAUUUGUUAUUGAAUUUUACAAUAGUCAACUUUUAUCAUUUUCAAUGUUAUCCACUCAAUAUUUUAGCAGUUUUAGUAAACCUUAUAUUUAUGAUAACCAAUAUAUAUUUUAGCUUUGCAAGAUUUUCAAUUAGAUUUCAUAGUUAGAUAAAUAUACCAUGUUUAAAUAAGCCCUCAGUUACGUGUAGUUUUGGCGAAUGUAAAGAUCAUCAGUUAAAUAUAUUAUUACAUAGUAUUAUAGUUGACGUUUUGUUAUUGCUUGCAAGUUGGUAUGAUUCUCAUGAAAGGUCACUGUAAUCAAUUUCGGGGUUUGAGUUAAUAAUUCAAAUUUUUACGAUGCGUUAUUUGUUUUUAAAGUUAGUAAAAUCGUUCAUCGCUCUUUUUUCCGUGCCUAAGAAUCUAAUUAUAUGCGCAUUCUUAAAGAAUUUAAUAAAUUAAUCUAAUAAAUAAUCCACCUUGGUGUAAUCUUCAUAUUUCGGUGUAAUCGUUGGGUCAAACAGUCAUUGUUUCAAAAUACUUAGGUUUACUCAUCUUCUUCUCUAUAUAUGAAAUAUAAUGAUUUUUUAUCAUAAUAUGCACGUUGUAUUGCAGAGCCCUAUUUCCUAUGCCAUACUUUAUCGUGACAAUUCAUAAAAAAAAUAAAAAUAUUCAACUCGUCGCGUUUAUAACAAUUGAAAAUUGCGUAAGGAAUACCAUUCCGCGCUAAUUUCACGAAGUAACACGGCCAUGUUACCAGUUUACAAAGUCAUAGAGAAUAAAGCCCCAACAUGACUCAAAUUCGACAACGAAGUAAGUCAUAUAAGUAAUCAUAAUUGGGAAUUUGAGUUGGUAACAUGCUGUUCCUUUUUUGAAAUGCUUUAAACAUCCUAGUACCGCCAUCUAUGAUUAAUAUAUCUAAUUAAUUUAUAUCCAAUGUUAACAGAGGGCGCUAUAAUCAACUUACAUACUUACUGUAUACCCUCAAAGAAAGUUGUUAAUAGAUUGAAAUUAAACAUUUGAUCUGUGAUUAUUUACGUUAAUACAUUAUGUAUAAAUAUAUAAUUUUUCUAGUGAAAAGAUAAGUCGUUAUAUGACUGAUUGUUAUUUAUGUUCCCUUUUUAUUUUUCCAUAGAUAUUGCUUAUUUAGAUAUUGUAAAUAGGUUAAGAUAUUUUUAUAUUAAAUCCAUAAUUCGUUA